GCCAGGACACGGCUGCACGCCAGGUGGCGUUGUGAUGAAGAUCCAUGAGAAGAUUCUAACCCACUACCUGUCCUGCACUUCACCUGUCGAUAAAGAGUGAUAUCUUUACAAAAAGAGAGAGAGGAACACCACUUACCUGCGCCGCUGGUUUGUGCUGAAGGGGAAUCUGCUGUUUUACCAGGAGCGUCCAGGCGAUCGUAACCUGUUGGGUGUGAUUGUUCUGGAGGGCUGCUUGGUGCAGGCGUGUGAGACAGAUGGUCAGUUCUGUUUCUCUCUGGUGUUCACUGGACCAGGCCUCCGCACGUAUAGACUAGCCGCUGAUGAUCAUCUCAGCCAGGAGAGCUGGAUCGGUUCGCUGUUCUGCGCUAGUCACAUCUACCUUUCCAUGAUUGUCAGAGACCUGGAGAGACGCUACGAAGAAGCUAAAAAAGACAAAGGCCUUUGUGAUUCCAUCCAGACCUCAGCAGUAACUUCUUCAUCCAAUAACAUAAUGGCUUCCUGGAACUCAGGACAACCCUAUUUCGUACAUGGCACUUCAAUAGUGCCCAGAGAUGGGCGAAGCUACAGCACCAGUUCUGUACCCCCUCCAUCUACGCAGAACAGACCCAUCAGCUAUAGUCUUCAUGCCCCUCCUAUUCAAUUCAAGACUACCAAUAAGCGAUCUCCAAAGCUCUGGCCCAAGAGAAAUGCGCAUGUCAUACCUAAUGGUCCGGCACCAUCUUACGGGGAGUGGCCCGUUGUGAACUUUGAUCCUUUGGAAGAGUUUAGUAAACUGCAUGAGUACUAUGGAAAUGAGAUUAAGCAACUAAGAGCUGAAUGGCUGAAGAAGAAGCGCGAGGAAGUGGGACAUGUCGAGGAGGACCUCAUUGAUCUCGGCUAGAGCAGCAUCUGAUAUGUAUAUGAAUGCUUAUAUCACAUCUAUGAAUUUGUUCAUGUUGUCUUCUAAAUAGUAAAUCUUGUUCAAAAAACAAUAGACUGAUGAAUGCAUUAAGAUGCAGUACUAGUAGAAUCCUGCAGUCUUUUUUUUUUAAUUUUAUGAAGGCAUGCAGAUUAGCGCUGACUGACUCUGAUCUUGAAGUGUUUUCUUGAUAAAACAUUUCUCAUUUCCUCUCUGUGGUCUCUCAGCCUAGUUCCUUCUCACUUGAACUGUCAUAAAACAGAUCCAAACCGCGAGUAGCUUUACCCCCACUGUUAAACUAACUAUGUGCAGACAUUUACAAUGGCAAAAGCUCAUACUGGAUCCAAAGUACAUCAGAUACUGUCAAAUGAGGUUUAAUUAGAGACUACACGUUAGUUGUAGAGCUAUAAAUGCAUGUUAAUAAUAUGUAAUUUAUUGUUACAUCUUUUAAAAUAUGUAAUGAGAGAGCCUUAUCACUAAUGUGAUCUUGUGAAGAGGACUGUUUAGUUCUGCCUUAUAGAACUUGUUUUGCACAGUUCAGGAGGUUUCGCAGACAAACUGAAAUACACGCCCUUUAUAUUCUUCCUCUUUCACAACAUCUCAAUUCUUUGGGGAUGUAGAUGUGUCUUUUUUCUUUUAGUUUCUAGUGUACUCAACACAUUUGGAACGGUAAAGACAUUAGAAGCAGCAGGUCUUUAUAUUACAGUCAUGUCAGUAAGCAUCAAAAUAAACUCAAGUUUGUAUGCAUCAGGCAUUUCAGAGGUGCAGCUCUUUAUACUGUAGGUCACCAGAGGGCACUGCACCUCACCAACAGUACUACAGUACCUUUAUUCAGCCCUACUUCAGGCACAGGGGUCACUAGUUGCUUCACAACUGAUAUUUUAUUAUUUAAUGUUCCAUAUAUAUAUUUGGAUGAUAUCAGUAAUGUUGGACAUGUUUUUAUUGUAUAAAUAUUUUAUGUAUUUGCAGUUUCUAUGACCACCAUGCUCAAUGCAUUGUCUUAAUUUAAUAUAGAUCAAUUUUGUUAUAAUACAUUUGAUUUGAUUCAUUUUGAAGAUAAUUUGUUUAGAGAUACAUUUGAUUGUUUUAUCUAGUAUUUGUCCUCUAAUGUAAAUUAUAAUCAAUUUUGUAAAAAUAAGUUUAAUUUAAUGCUAAGUUAAUUUGGUAAGUUACAUUUUGAGUCUGUAUUUCAGCCCUGCAUAUUAGACAGCAUCAAUAAGAAUAUAUUUUUUUUUAAUCAGUAGGGCUGAUUGGUUUAUUCAGUGUUAGUAUAUAUUUUAUUGUACUUAAUUCAACUUUUAUUUUGAACUAUUAUAUUAUUGUAUCAAUCAAAUAAGAAUAAAAGUCCUAAUAAUU